AUGAAACACGGAAGCAUGGAAGAGCAGGCGUACGUGCGUCGUUUCCCGAAGUGCGACAUGAUCCCCAUAAUGGCCGGCACGGAUGUCCUCAAGGAGACCACCUCUAAAGACGGCGCCGUCCAGCAGGUGUCCCGCAGGUGUAGGCUUCACGUGGAGGCGCCCUACCUGCUGAAGAAGAUCAUGGGGGUGGAGUUUAUUCACUUCGUACAGACCAACACGCUGGACCGGCGCAACAGGACGCUCCAGAUCGAGGCCUACAACGAGAGCUUCUCCUCCAGGGUGGCCAUCAACGAGAACUGCCGCUACUCGGUCCAUCCAGAAAACAGCGACUGGACUUGCUUUGAGCAGACAGCAACCCUCGAUAUCAAGUCCUUCUUCGGGUUCGAGAGCACUGUGGAGAAGAUUGCCAUGAAGCAAUACUCCCAGAACAUCUCCAAGGGGAAGGAAAUCAUCGAGUACUUCAUCGAACAGCUAAGUAAAGAAGGAAUAACCUAUAUACCACGCUGGGAGGAGCCAAAGCCAGAGAAGAGCUUAGUAGCCAAGGAAAGGAACAAGGAAGAGGGCGAGAGCAGCUCUGAGGAGGCCGAGACCCGUGACCGCACCAGCAGCACGCCGUCCACAGGCUCCAGGGAACUCCAGCUCGGGGCCUCAGCAACCAACAUUCUCAGCAUAGAGAAAGUUAACAUCAAUGACGGUGGUGGUGGUGGUGGCAUGUUGGCCAACAACAAUGAGUACAAUAAGAGGUGUCACGAUAACCGGGGGUCCGAAGAGGUGGUGGAUAAUGGCCACGUUGACCGGGAAAACAACAAGUUGGAUGCUGACUACAUUAAGAGAUGUUUAGGAGACUUGACACCCUUACAGGAGUCUAGAUUAAUACAGUUGAAGAAGUGGGUUGCUGAGCUUCAAAAAGGAAAGGUCCCAAGUGACAAUUGUUUGCUAAGGUUUCUGCGGGCCAGAGACUUCAACAUUGAGAAGGCGCGGGAGAUGCUGAGUCACUCCCUCAUCUGGCGCAAGAAGAACCAGGUGGACAAGAUGAUGAGCGAGUACCAGGUGCCGCAGGUGGUGCAGGAGUACUUCCCCGGCGGGUGGCACCACCAGGACAAGGAGUGCCGGCCGUUAUAUUUGCUGCGGCUCGGUCAGAUGGACGUGAAGGGCCUGGUCAAGAGUGUCGGGGAAGAGGGGCUCCUCAAGCACACUUUGCACAUCUGCGAGGAAGGCUUGCGACUGACGGAGGAGGCGACCUCCACCUAUGGCCGGCCCAUCACCACCUGGACGCUGCUGGUGGACCUGGAGGGGCUCAACAUGCGCCACCUCUGGAGGCCUGGGAUUCGAACAUUACUCAAGAUCAUUGAGAUUGUGGAAGCCAACUACCCUGAGACCAUGAGCUGCGUCUUGAUCAUCAGGGCGCCGCGGGUCUUCCCCAUCCUGUGGACACUCGUCUCCACCUUCAUUGACGACAACACAAGAUCCAAGUUCUUGUUCUAUGGCGGGAAUGACUACCAAGGGUCGGGCGGCCUGGUGGACUACAUGCCCAAGGAGAACAUUCCCCACUUCCUCGGGGGGGAGUGCAAGCUGGACACUCUGUCUGUCCUGGGUCUCGUCCCCGAGGCCUUGUACACUGUCACUCUCCCUCACGAGCUGGAGUGUAGCACUGUGGUGCACGAAGGCGGCCUGGUCCCCAAGAGCAUGUACCUACCCGGGGAGGAGAUGGAUGCCGCCCGCCAACAUCUGCCCAUGUCCGACCAGUCCAUCUACCAUUCCGUCUCUUUGGGAAGGGGUCAGGUUCAUGAGAUGGUGAUGCUCAUAGAGGAGCCAGGGUCUGUUAUCUGCUGGGACUUUGAUGUCAUGAAGAAUGAUGUUUCCUUCUCCGUCUUGCGAACCAAAGUGCCCAUCACCCACCGCCCUGAGCCACAGUCUCCCACAGGUGCCAUGGGGGUGAUUGACGCCGUGAUGGGGAGUGACGACCAGCACCGCUCUGUCAUCGAGAAGGGCUGGCGGGAGGGCCAUGAGUACUUCCGUGUUGAGCCGCAGCUGAUCUGCCAUGACGGAGAGAGCAUCCAGUAUCAUGAGAGAGAUGGCCACGAACCCCGCCGUACGGACCCGCAGCCUGUCUAUCAUGAAGGAGAAAGCAUCCAGGGCUCGCACGUGACGUCCCACAUGGGCACAUACAUCCUGCAGUGGCGCUACUACGAGUCCACGCAGCACACCUCGCCACUGGACAUCAUUGACUCCAUCACGGCUCCCAAGGCCAAGAUCAUGUAUUACUACGAGACACUCAAGUCAACUGAUUACAGAGGCUCAAUGACCAGCCUACAGUCCUGCCAGAGUGGUUUCUCCUCCCUGUCCUCCAACACAAACAAAUCUGCAAACUCUUCGUGUCCAUCACGCUGACCUUAAUUUUUGUGGCAAACUCUUGUUGCCAAAUCUUUCAUCCCCAUAAACACUCAAGAGUCCCUGAAUUGUUGCUAGAUGAGUAUACUAUUUCAUAAAAAAUGUCAGGGUUAUGCAGGGCACCACGUUACCUAGUGCCAUGUCAGGAAGCUUAGUUGUUAUGCGGCAGCGGUGUCGAGUGCCUGUGGUGUGUUGACGCACCUGUUGACUUGUAGGCAAGAUGUCCUUAGUAUUCAGUAAAUUUUUACAUUUUGUUAACCUCAGACACACGUGAAGCUUUUGUUUUGAAAUUUUAGGCAAUAUUUCACAUCCAAAAAAUUCUGAUACAGUGCCACUUUUCUGAGCAACACCAGUAUGCAGUGUUCAAGACAGUUUCAUCUGAAAGUCAUUACAUACCUUGAUACAUGAUGCCUGAUCAUCGUACUAUUAUUUUAAGAGUUUUUGAGAGUGAUGAGUGUUGUUUUCCCAGAAGCAAUACUGUAUUAGGUGUUGAUGCCAUUAUUUAAGAUCAAGCCUAAAUAAUUGGUUUUAUAAUAAACAUAAAAUAUUUCUGGACUCUGCAAAGCAUAAGACAAUAUAUCAACAGAAUUAACUUAAAGUGCUUGUCAUUCUAAAAUAUAAAGAAAGGCACCUUAAGGAAAGAAAUAUAUAUAUAGUAUAUAUAUACAAUUUUACAUAUAAAAGGCAGCAUAUUAUUUAUAAUAUACACAUAGUAGUAUAUAUUUUUUAAGAAAUAUUGAUAUUUGUACUUGGAAGCCUUUCAAGUACUCAUCUCUCACUAGGGAAGGUACCGGUGGUUUGCUCUUGGCCUGGGGUGGGGGUGGCGCUGUGGUGCUUUGUACUGUGAAUACAUAUCUCUUAUGCAGCAGCAUAGGUGCAUACUUCCUGGAUCAGGAAUUAUACACAUUUUCUUCUCGUUUAAAAAAAAUGCUGAUAUAUAUAUCCUUCGUAUAAUUAUAGAGAUAUAAAGAAUUAUUUAUGAUACUAUUUAGAAAGAUUCCCUCCGUACACCUCUCAGCAUACCUCUACUGAGCUUUUUGUACAUUGAAUGGUACAAGCAUAAUUUAAUGACUAUGUAUUAUUUCAGUAAUGACUAAUAACUAGCUUGCUAUGGUCUUUCGGUCUUGGCAUUUCAUUUUCUGAGAGCUGAAACUUCUGGCAAUUAUAUUUGCUCAAUGUAAUGGUACAAUAAAAUUGGAACAAAUAACAAUAGUGAAGGAAGAGGUAGAAAAGCCUGUGGUGGCAGUAUCCACCACACUGUAAUAUACACUCAAAGUGCAUGACAGUAUACAUAAAACUGUAUCAUACACAGAAGGUGAAAGGGGCGGCGACCUUCAAAACUUACCUCUCAUUACAGCUCACGUAGCGGCUGUUGUUCUUGCACCGACGGGUGAAUAUCAAACUUCGUGAUUUGUAUCCAUUAUCUCUAAAGUGUUGAUUUAUAUGCUGAAUAAUGAGUUCAUAAUCAGAAUAAGAGAACAACCACCAGUCAGUUGUUGGAGAGCCUGUCUGUUGAGCAAUGGGCGGGAAUCGUUCACUUAGCCGAGGUGUUGCUGGAGGAGCCUCUGAAAGUCUUCCAUGCAGAGCGCGUGACUUGCGGCACCGGCACACUGCUCCGUGCACCCAACUCUGUACAGGCAUACGCUGUUGUGCAUCAGAGACGCUGAAUAUAUAUAUUUUGAAACUGUUGGCGAUAUAGUAUAGAGCAUCAUGUAGGAGUCAUAGGUCAUCCCAUUGUGCAUAUUAGAUAAGCUAUUAUUGUGUGUGUGUGUGUGUAUGUAUAAGUGAGUAUCUGUAUGUAUAUGUGUGUACAUUAGGCAUUUGUGAUUUUGCACCCAAAAACAAUUUUCUUCCUAAUUAUGAGGUUAAACCUCUUAUAAUUAAUGAACAUUUUAUUCAGAAAUUAUAUGAAGGAAUUAUAUGAAGUUGAGAAAUAAUACUUAUUUUUAUCAUGUCUCUCAAGGCUCAACUUUCCCUCCUUCUUAUGUGGGAAGAAUAAUGUUAAUGAUGAUGCCAGCAAUAAUAAUUAUAAACAAAAUCACACUAGCUAGUAAAACAACAGUAUUUCAGUACUAAAGUAAAUUAAGUUUACAGUCUGUCACUGAUAAGACCACAGAUAUGUUCCCAAACCUGAUGUGCACACAUAGGCAUAACUUUUAGCACAGUUAACAUCCAGUGUAGAGCACUGAAGUCCAUUUUAUAUUGUAAUGAUAUUCCUGUGCUUUAUUGUAGAGGUAGUGAAUGACUCAACUGUUAUAAGAUGUUACUUUGUAAGCUGAAACAAAGCCUCUAUAUCCUUCAAGCUGAAUGCAAUGGAAAAUACUGUGUACAUUUCCACUUUAACAAGGAAUUUGUGUGUAUAAUUGAAUAGCCACAUGCUUGACUGGGGACAGAUUUUUGUGUGUAAAUGUCUACCUACUGCUUGUUGAUAGUUAACACAGAGCCUAGUCCAAGCAUAAUGUAUAAGAGUCAUCUACAAUAUAUAUAUAUAUAUAUAUAUAUAUAUAUAUAUAUAUAUAUAUAUAUAUAUAUAUAUAUAUAUAUAUAUAUAUAUAUAUAUAUAUAUAUAUAUAUAUAUAUAUUGUAGAUAUUGGUAAUGUAGGUAAUAUACCACAUAACAUGCUGUGUUUGAAUCUGUAGUCAACCCAAAAUUGCAUUAUUCUCUGAUUUGUUUUGAGGCUCAGCUCAUGAUUUUGGGAGAUAUUAGAAUCAUGAGAUGGAUAGCAGAGUCUAUGUCACACAACUCCAUAAUAGUUUAAGAAUGACAUGUCAAAUACAACUCAAGUACUUUCAAUAGCUUAAAGAAAAACACAGGCUUGGUGUAAGCUUUGCCCUGAGUUUUUCUUGAAGGAAACUUUCCCAUUAGCUGAUAUCAUGACCUGGCUGUUAUUUUUCUUCACUUGGCUUGGUCAUGCUAUGGUUGAGUAAGUAUUAUAUACUUCUUAUUGCCACGUACCUCUCCCACAAUUCCAUAUUUUUACAAAAUAAUAAGAGCUGUUGUGCUGAUAGACAAAAUUUUAUCUAAACUUUUACUUUGUUUCCUUUUUAAUGUUGCAUAAUUAUUUAGUUUUCAAAUCAUUGUUUUCUUGACACUUUGAAAAUACCUUUGAAAUGGCACCCUUAAAGUUAGCUUCCUGAGGCAUUACCAGGAGGUUCUUACCUUGGAAGGCCUAGGAUAAAACUAAAAACUGCAGCAAGGCUUUUUUUUUUAUAGUCUCUCUCUCUCUCUCUCUCUCUCUCUCUCUCUCUCUCUCUCUCUCUCUCUCUCUCUCUCUCUCUCUCUCUCUCUCUCUCUCUCUCUCUCUCUCUCUCUCUCUCUCUCUCUCUCUCACUAAUCAAGUUGCAUCAUGAGAAUUUUGGUACAAUCAAAAUAAAUGAAUCAGGGCUGCAGAUUAUGUUGCAUUUUCUUGUAAUUUUAGAAUUAAAAAAUAAUUAAAAACUUGGCAACCUAUGUCUUGUCGAGCAAUAUGCCACCUCAUUGGUGAUUGCCAAACAUGUAUUCUCUUACCUGUAUCCCAUUUUCUAUUUUGUAAUAAUGCCAAUAAUAGUUUGAAGUGCAGACUGUCGAGCAGCCAAUUGUAAUGCGUAGGGAGAAGUGGAAGGGUUAGAAAAUGCCUUUUUUGUAAUAUAUUCUACCUGAAAAUUGCAUACCUUGUCAAGGUAAGAACCCAAGUGGGCACAGCGCUUCAGUCCUCUUUGCUCCCUCUUGGUGGCAGGUGAAUCUCAGCACUUGUGUUCAUUCCCUCUCAUCCACCCUACACAUAUCUUGAGUGGCCCUCCCAGAUGUCCUCUGAUUUGCCUUGGGUACCCUGGAGCUGUAUUGCUUCAGCUGCCUUCUGUGUGGUUAUGCGGAUAGUUUUCUUUCCAUGAUAUUAUCUAGUCUGGUACAUAGAAAAAUGUGAUGUUUACCACCAGGAGUUGAGAAGCACCACUCAAGUAACAUAUCAAGAUGGAUUUAUAUUGUUUAUGCUUUUAAUAGUUUUCUGAAAAAAAUCUAUAGUGCUAUUUUUAACUGUUUUAGUUUCAAAGAAAGCAAUAAUGUUAUUAAAUCCAAUAAACUGCAUCUUUAGGAUAAGCUUAAUAGAAAGUCAAAAUUUUUCAGAAUAUUAUUUCAGACAGUGCUUGAAGUAAGCAUAGCAGGAUCCAGAUAAUGCUUGAUAUCAAACCACCCUAAUGAAACUGUAAAUACUUCAACUAUAGCAAUAUAUUGUGAGGGAUUUUGACUUUGUAAUGAAUAACAAAAAAAAAUUGUUCACUGACCUCUCUCAAGAAAAGUUCAGUCCUUGAUGAACCAUGUUGUUCCAGAGAGGGCCACACAAAAACACGCUGCUUCAUGCCUCUAAGGCACUCUGUGUUAGCCCUCCUUGGGACACAGGAAUGUAUCAUUGUGAGACAGUUGAGUGAGUGCUAAGACAUCUGUCAUGCCCCCUUUUGGUAAUAUAAUAUUUUGGGCCAGGUGAAGUUCCUUACACUUUUCCAUAGCUCUUAGUGCAUCAAAUGUACAAUUUAUUUUUUCCUCAGACAUACUUAGUAUGUUACUCAGUCAUAUUAGGAACUGAAGCUUUUUUUAAUUAAGUGAUUGUUAGGUUACUUGAUUUUUUUUUCUGAAACUGGCAUAUGUAAAAUAAUGGUAUAUAAUGAUUAUAUGAUUAUUAUAGAGUUCAUCUGUGAAUGCAAACUAAUCUUUGUAUUUGAUUGGUCACUCAUUCUCAUGGUCCUUUUAGUUUAUUUUGUAUAUGAUCACUGUUUACUUAAAUUGCCUUCUCCACCAUGUAAUACCUUCACUGUUCCAUUUCUUAUAUCCUGGAAAAACUUGCCUCCACCCUGUGUUGUGGUGAAUCCAGGAAACUGUGAACUGAGAAAAAGCUUAAACUUACUAGCUAGUCCCAAAGGCAAGACAGGUUCCUUCUUACAUUGCCAAGUGAUGCUUCCACUAAAUCCCUCAGGCACUCGUGGUGUGUCAGGGAGACUUGAGCAUAAGAAAAUACUUGACGAGUCAUUUAUGUGAUGUAUGCUUCAUAAUACUGUUGCAGCUGUCAUUAUUAUUAUUAUCAUUAUUAUUAUUAUUAUUAUUAUUAUUAUUAUUAUUAACAUUAUUAUUAUUAUUAUUAUCUGUAUGGUCAUAUUUAAGCAAUCAAGUAGACACAAGUGGAAAAAGUCAGGGUCAUUAAUGUUGUUUGGGUAGAUAGUCAAGAACAUUGUAGAUGAACAGGCGUGGAAUGACGAGAGGUCGCAAGGAACCCGAUGAAUGAUAGGUACUACGAGUUAUUGCAUACAAUGAACAAUCAAAUACAAGUUGCACCCUGAUAUAACUUGAUAGCUUUUUCUGUUGCUGAUGAUACUGAUAUCCUAAGCAACGUAAGGAUCAAAGUGACUGACAAUUCCACAACUCCACAUUAGUCACAUCUCUGCGUAGUGUGAGUGUGAGAAGCGGAAAGCUGACAUCAUUAUUAUUCAUUGUUGUUACUAAAAGAAAUAGACUUGUGAAAUCAUGCAUUAUCUGGAUUGCCAGUCUUAGGAAACUUAUGAAAACAAAUUUAUUGUUUGUAGCUUUGAUGAUGAUGUACUUAUGAGGUGAUAGCAUGUGUAGCGCCUGUGUUCCCACGAUGAGGCAAAUAAACCUAUCAGUUGCA